AACAAAUCAGUUGGUUAUAACGGCUCGUCGUAUUUUGUCCGUUUCAGUUGUGGAAACGGAAGACUAACCAGCAGCAGACAGAGUUGUAUGGAAUUUCAAACAAAAAAGUUGUGUGUGUGAAAGCAAAGGAAAUAAAUAAAUGCAAAAAAUAAUUUGAAAGAAAAAAGUGUUUUUCAAAAGAAAAUUUAUUGAAACAAAAUUUAAAAAAAUCAAUGUGAAUUUGAAAAUAGAUAUGUUGUACAGAAAAUAAAAAACGAAAGAACGAACAAAAAUAAACUCACGAACAAAAAUAUUAAAUUUGGAAAACAAAAUAACACAGAUAUUUUUGAAUAACUACACCAGCAACAACUUAAAUGGGAACUUUGAGCUAUUUUACAAAUGUGUGUUAUUGCAAUUGUCGAAGUCGAAGUUGUGGCUAUAUAAAGUCAAAUAUUUAUAGACCGAAUACUUAGUAUAAAAUAUUUUGGAUUUUUUUUUUUCGUCUACGAAAAAUAAAAAAAUUUUCUUUGAGUUAUUGAAAAAUAAGGACUUGUCUUGGUCUGGCUGAAAUUAAAAAAAAAAUUGUGAAAAAUUCAAAGAACCAGUUACCAAAUUCAACUCCAACCUGUGGCAUUUCUUUGGCAAGACCCGCAAAGCAAAACCAAAAAAAAUAUUUCUAAAAUACAAAUAAAAAAACAACCAACUAGAAUUUCAACUUCCCACUAGUGCUAUAAAUACCCAGCAAUAUAAAAAAACCGAAAACAAAGAUACGUCAGGUAUCUUCAAGAUACAGUAUCCAAUUCUAAAUAAGAUAUCUAGUCAUCUAGCUAGAAGACAAAACUUAAGUGCUAAACGAACUACCUACCAAGGAACAUUGUUGCUCCUUAAACCACUCAAACUCUAAAAAGAAAACAAAAGGUUAAACCACCCCCCUUCAGCAAAAAUGUGGUGCAUUGUGAACUUGCCUAACGGUACCCAGCAGGCGGUCAAAUGGGAUCCCAAAGCAAUUGGCCAAGAAUGCUUAGAAAAGGUCUGCAAAGCCUUGGAUAUAAUCUGUGAAAUGGAAUACUUUGGCCUGGAGCACUGGGUGCCAAAUCAAAAGGAGUCACGCACGCGACAAUGGAUCAACUUACGCAAUCGCCUUUCGUGCGACGGAACGGGCGGCAGUGGAAUACCAUUGAUGUUGGCACUGCGUGUAAAAUUCUGGGUUCCUGUGCAUUUUAUUCUGCAAGAGAGUGUACGCAAUCUAUUUUAUAUGCAAGCCAAAGCUGAUUUAUUAGAGGGUCGAUUGAGUGCACGCAAUUGGUCAAAUGCUGCCAAAUUGGCGGCAUUCUUGUGUCAGGCAGAUGGUUUGCUAUUCAAUGAGGCUACGCUGAAAGCUGAAUGUCCCCUGAAAAUGCGUCGUGAAUAUGAGAAACGUUUGCUGGAGGAACAACAGCAGCAGUUGCAGCAGCAGCAACAACAACAGCAAGCGAAUCAAAAAGAACGCAAAGAUAAGGAACAUGUGCUGUCGUUUAAGAAGAGGCGUCUUUCGAAGCAAAAGUCGGUGGAGCAUAUCGAUAAUGUAACACCAGGCCAGGCGGCGGCGGGAUCCUCCCCCUCUCCCUCCUCCACCUCUUCGGCAAAUACAACAGCCAGUGGUGCCACAACCUCGGCUGCAGCUUCAUCUUCGUCAACAUCAUCCUGCCCCACAUUGACCUGUAAUCUACACCAAAAACCUCCUACCUCAAGUACAAAUGAAACUUCUACCAAAGUACCUAACGAAACGAAAAGUGCCUGCGAUAGCUGUAGUCUUAACGAGUCCAUAGAGAAUUCAAUUAAAAACUCACCCUUGCGUAUCUAUCAGGAUUACGUCAUAAGGCCAGUCGAUGAAGAUGAGAGCUCAGAAUUGCCCGAAGAUUUCCUGAGACAAAUCGCCGUGGAACAUGGCAAGCUGGCCAUGCUCAAGAUGUCACCAAAGUCGGCCAAAUAUUGGCUCUUGCAUGAGAUACAAGAUUUGCCCGGCUAUGGUGAGGAAGUUUUUGGUGGUUUCACCAUUGGUGAAAAUUCCCAGCGUUGUGAUAUAGCAGUGGGGGCGCAUGGCAUUCGAGUUUCAACCGGAGAUAAUGUAAAGAACAUUCCUUUUAGCGCAAUCGCUGCUGCUAAAUCGUUUAGACGAACAUUCAAACUAGAAUAUGUAGACGAUAACAACGAUAGACGUGAAGUGGAUAUUAAAUUACCCAAACACUGCAUUGCCGCCGGCCUCUACAGAUCCAUAACCGAGCGUCAUGCCUUCUAUGUGUGCGACAAGGUGCGCGGUGUGGUGACCAAUCAAUUUACCAGAGAUCUCAAGGGAACCAUUGCCUCGAUGUUCAAAGAAGACACCGAACUGGGCAAGAAAUACAUCUUCGAUAUACGUCACACGAGCCGCGAGGUAAUCGAAGAGGCCAGACGUGUACUGCAUAAGCGUGGCAUUGUUAGCUCGGUGCGCGACAAUGACUUGUCAUCGCCGUCAGUGUCUGCGUCGCCCAGCGAUGCCACUGAAGUGGAAGACCUCACACAUUUAAUGCCGAUUAUGAAAGCUUUAAGUGAAACUUCCGCCAAUGCCGCUGCCUCGUCUAUGGCCUGUAGCUUGGAUAUGAUGUUACGCGAAAAAGAAGAACGCGAAGCGGCCAUAGAACGUUGUGUGGACACGCGGAUCUCGGAGGCAAUGACAUGUAAAAUAUGUAUGGAUAAUUCCAUCAAUACCAUGUUUAAUCCCUGUUGUCAUGUUAUGGCCUGUGCCCAGUGUGCGGCGAGAUGUGACAAAUGUCCCAAUUGUCGGGUAAAAGUCACGGAUGUUGUCAAGAUUUAUUUGCCGCCAGAAUUGAGAAGCACAACGACAACACCAACCAAAUCCAAUGAAACCACCACAAAUGUACCUAAACUAACAGCGGUGGCCUAAAGUUUAUACCACCCACCCAACCCAAUUCCCCCUGGGACCUCUUAACGAACCAGUAUCAAGAUUAAAAAAGAUAAUAGCUAUUAACAAGCAAAACAAUUCGUAACCUUUCUCUUCAACUGAACUUGAAUAACCAUCGUCAUUUCUUCAAUUCCUUCAAUCUCUAGCAUUUAAGUAAAUUAAUAAAAUGUUCUCCUAGUUGUUAAGCACCUAUUUAUUAUUAUUAAUUAUAUUUUAGUUAUUAUGAUUUUUUUAUAAAUA